AUGGCCUGGGCUCUGCUCCUCCUCAGCCUCCUCUCUCAGGGCACAGGUCUCUGUGCUCUGCAUCAGCUCACCCAGCCCCCAUCUGCCUCUGCCGCCCUGGGGGCCUCGGUCAAGCUCACCUGCACCUUGAGCCGGGAGCACAGCAACUACUUUAUUUACUGGUAUCAACAGAGAGCAGGACAGGUCCCUCGUUAUUUGAUGAAGGUUAACAGCGACGGAAGCAUCACCAAGGGGGACGGGAUCCCCGAUCGCUUCUCGGGCUCCAGCUCCGGGGCCGACCGCUACCUGACCAUCUCCAGCCUCCAGCCUGAGGAUGAGGCUGACUAUUUCUGUGGAGCACCUGAUACCAAUAGCAAUUACUCACAGUGA